CAAAGAAUGAAGAACACUCUGUUUCUGAUAUUCCUUUUACUUGUUAUCUCUCCGCUCUCACAAUCUAUCAAUCAAGAUAGAUUGAAACCUACUCUAGAGGUAGUAUCACAACCAAUCCAAUUAAUAUAUCCAGAUGAGCAACACCAAACAUUACAAAUCAAUCAGAAUGCAUUGUCCUCAUUGAAUGAAUUGAUGGACAACUACUCAAUAUUGGGCGUUGUAGGAACGUUCCACAGUGGCAAGUCAUUCUUGCUCAACCAGUUGAUGGACACCACCGAUCGAUUCACUGUUGGUCCAACCAUACAUCCACAGACACUUGGUAUAUGGGUAUGGCCUACAGUUGUCACAUAUGAGGGCAAAAGACAUCCCAUACUCCUGAUAGAUACUGAAGGAUUCUACUCGAGCAAUGUUUCCGAAGCCUAUGAUGCCAAGAUAUUCGCCAUCACAACCCUACUCUCAUCACAUCUUAUUUACAACUCUGUCAAGAUAAUUGAUCAAUCUGCCUUAGAGUACUUGGAACUACUGGCAAGACGCACUCAAUUGUUUGCGUUAAAGUCCCAACUGAAGACAGAUUCUCCUCUGAAUGAUAUACUCAAGUUCCCAUCGUUGACUUGGGUCGUACAAGACUUCUUCCAAGACAUUGGCGAGAUUACCGCCACUCAAUGGCUACACAACUUGCUCAAGGCUCACUCAAGAGACCAACCAGAUGCAAAUCUAUCCAUUGCCAAGAUCUUCCCAGACAUCCAAUGCCACACUCUAUUCAUUCCAUCAAGCGAUAGGAACACACUGCGACAUCUGGAUCAGGCCAAGAUUGGUGACCUCAGUCCAAUCUACCUGGACGAGCUAAACACUUUGAAGAAGUCAAUAUUCCAUUCGAUCAAGCCAAAGAUGCAAGGACCGGCCAUUGGAUCAUUGAUCAAACUAUUGGUCGAGGUGGCCAACGGCAACACAUUCCCAACAGUGCCAUCUGUAUGGGUUGGCUUCAUCAAGCAACAACAAUCAUUGGCGCUGUCAGAUAGUCUUGUCCUUUUCAAAGAGAAGAUGGCGCCAGUGCUCCAAGAAGUGCCUCCACUCAAUGACAAGCAAUACUCUGAGCUUGAAUCCUCCUCCCUAUCAUUCGUCAACCAACUAUACAAGCAACUCCUUUUUGGACUUGAAGAAGCCUACACUCCAGGCCUUGUCCAACUCAAGCUUUCCAAACAGGUAGAGAUGAAGCAUAAUGAGAAUGUGGAACAGAUGAAGUUGAUUGUGAUGGAGAGUUUGAACGCUGUGAAAACGUUGAUGAAGUCGAGACUGGGCGCAUUCUGGUUCCAGCAUAGGUUUAUCAAUGAGGCUAGAGAGGAGGCCGAGAAGAGGAUCAUCAACAAGAUCGAGUCCAAGAAGCUUAGAGACAAAGUGAUCAACCAGUUCAUCCACAGCGAUCUCGAGAAGGAAGUCAAAGAACUCAGUCAAAUGUCCGUGUUAGUAACCUCGGCCAUCAUAGUGAUCCUGCUCACUGCCAUUCUACUAAAGAUUAGG